AUGCAGCAAGCUGGGAAUCGGACAAGUAGCACUGAGAGUGUCCAGAGAGGCCAUACAAAAAUGCUGGGAAAAGGACAAAGUGGUGGAUACCCCCCCGAGACAACCAGCGAACUCUUGCAGAGCAUCAGUGUGGUGCCUUUGGACAGUGGCGAUAAGAAGAGCCAUCAGAUAGGGGGCCAGCUACCAGGUGGUGUGCAGGUGGGGCCUCAGCCACAGAACCAGCAGCUCCUUCUGACCCCAGCCAGCCUCCAGCUCGCUCAGCUCCAGGCCCAGCUCACCCUCCAACGCCUGAAACUGGCUCAGGGGGGAAACACAGCCUCUGCCGCCACUGUUCUCAAUCAGGUUCUUUCCAAUGUCGCCAUGUCCCAACCCCUGUUCAAUCAGCUCCGGACUUCAACAAUGGUUGGGAACCCUCAGGGUUCCUUCCCCACAGGGGUGCUGGGUUUUUCCUCUUCAAAUUCAGCCUUGGGGGCUUUGGUGGGCACAGGAUUCAACCAAAACCCAGGGAAUGUGAGACUGAACCAUCCCGGUGGAGGGGGGACAGUGGGCCAACAAGCUGCGGAGUACGGUCAAAAAUCAACUUACCCUUCUGAUACUGACAGGCGUGUUCAGUACAACUUAGCUGGGGGGACAUCUGAGGCAUCAGCCACUGCUGGUGAUGGACAGUACACAGUGAUUAACACUCAGGCAAAAAACAUGAACAAUGUUGGUUUUCAGAGAGAUUUCUUUGGACAUGAUAUGCUGGGGCAACAAGCUGGGUUUACUGUCAGCGAGCAGAACAUGAAUGUUUAUAACUCCAAGGAGCAAUGGAAAGGUCCUGCUAACAUGAGUCACGCUGGAAAGGUUGAUAUGGCUUCUAAUGCUGCUAAUGUGUGGACAGCAGCUGGGCAGCCAAUUCGGUCCAGAACUGAACUGUAUAACCCCGAAGAGCCGACCCCUGACCCCAAGUUCAAUCCCAGUGGUGGGGUUUCCUCUUUUGCUUCGAGUGGCACGCAGGGAUUUGGGGGUUACCAGCCCCUGCAUGCAAGUGAGGAAACCCUAUCUUCAGGUACCAGGACUCUUCAGCCUUACCAAGUCAAUGAUUACCACGCUGUCACGCCCACUCAACUGCCACACCAGUGUAGCAUCUGUGACAAGAAGGUCUAUAACCUCAAGGACUGGGACCAGCACGUGAAGGGAAAACUACACCUGCAGAACCGAACCUUGUACACAAACGAAAGCUCCGCAGUGGUAUCAGCUGGAGCUGUUCACUACGCUGUCGGUAGGCCUUCUGAUGGAAGUCUGAACCCCGGAGGAACUAACUCCAUGGUCUACUCUGCUGCAAGUCAAGAUGUGUCCUCAGGAGCCACUCCAUCAUACUUACCAGCUGCAGCUAUGAAGACUUAUCCCACGUCAGACACGGGAUUUGCCUCACAGACAGAGUCAAAGCCAUUUCCACCCAGAAAGCCCACAGUUGGGCGAGUCGUUCACAUCUGCAAUCUCCCUGAAGGCAGCUGCACAGAGAAUGAUGUCAUCAACCUGGGACUGCCCUUUGGCAAGGUCACCAACUACAUCCUCAUGCGCUCUACCCAUCAGGCAUUUCUGGAGAUGGCCUAUGUUGAAGCAGCUCAGGCCAUGGUUCAAUACUACCAGCUUACUCCAGCUAUGAUUAACAAUCAGAAACUUCUCAUACGGAUGUCAAAGAGAUACAAGGAGCUGCAACUCAAGAAACCAGGUAAAGAUGUCCAAUCAAUCAUCCAAGAUAUCGCCUCUCAGCGGGAAAGGGAUGAGAUGCAAGAACUUGAACACUACAUGCCAGAGAGAGCACGCUCACGCAGCCCCAUCAGCCGCUCUCUGAGUCCUCAUUCUCACAGCCCCAGUUUUACAUCCUGCAGCUCAGCCCACAGCCCCCAGGGGGCACUGUGCAGGGGUCCAGAGAGAGGCAACAAUGGCCUGGGCCCCCGCCGGGGCUCCUGGGAUUGGUCAUCACACUUAAGAAGGGGUGAGGAUGAAAGGGAGAGGGAUGACCUGUGGAGGAAUGGGGGUAGCACGGAUGACGAUCGGCCUAAUGGACGGGCAGCCGAGCGUCGGAAGGCUUACCAGAAACCAAUAGAUCAUAUCAGCUCGAGAUCAGCAGAUGAACGAGGAGGAGGAGGGGGAGGAGGAGGUGAAGGGAUGAGGGGCAACAGAGACUGGCACCUACGGGGCAGCCCUCAAGGCAUGUGCUACAACUCUUACAGGAACAUGGAGGACGACUUCUACAUGAGGGAACAAUUGUUCAAGUCAGACAAGCCGCCCAGACCUCCAUACCAAAGGCACGACACAAAGUUAAAGAGGAGAGAUGGAGGUGACUACCAAAGCAGAUUGAGGCACUCUGAGUUUGAGAUAACCGAGGAGCCACUUCGUAGGACACUUGAUGACAAGAGGCAGGGUUCACCAGGCAGGGGCAGGAGCAAAAGGACAAGCAGGAGGCACACCAGUGCGGAAAAACAUGAGAAAGAAAAUACAACUGAAAAUACUGAUUGCCACUCAAAAGAAAAAUCUGUUUCACCUCAGCAAAGCAAUGUUCAAAAAGAGGAAACUGAAUGUAGUAAAGAAAAAGACACUGCAAAGGAGUGGGAAAGUGGAGAUAACACUGAUGAAGACUGUUGGUAUCCUAAGAACAUGGAGGAACUGGUCACGGUAGAUGAAGUGGGAGGAGAAGAUGAUUCCAUAAUUGAGCCCGACCUUCCUGAGCUGGAAGAAUAUGUGUCCUGCCCCAAAGAGUCUGCAGAGGAAGAAGCGACAGAGGAGAAUGUACUACCACCUAGCUCCUCCUCCUUUUCGGAGGUGCAGGGGACAUCCAGCAAAAAGUCUAACCAGGAAAAAUUAUGUGAAGAUGCCGAAGACCCAACAGAAACAUCUGUAAAUGAGAAACCAGGGAAUAUUUUAUCUGUAACUAGUCCUGAAGAGCAGACACUCAGUCCAGUUACACCUGAGCUGCCAGUCACUAACCUUAGUGACUUCCCCAGUGAGGAGUUCAAGGCUGCACUGGAGGAGGCGUGUAUAGAGGAUAAAGUAACAAAACGUGGGCCAUCAGAGGAGCGAAUAGAAAAUCACAUCCAUGUAUCAGAAGACAGCAAGAGCCUGGAAGCAGGACACGUCACAGAGACAAUCAGUGACGAGGUUCAACAAAAGGAUGGGAUUCUCAAAAAAGAGAUCGAGGCCCCGUCGCCACCUCGUGAGCAAGACAAGGCUGUCAGUGAACACAGCAUCCCUUUGGGAGUGGAGUUCAUCGUGCCGAGGACCGGCUUCUACUGUAAACUCUGCGGACUGUUCUAUAACAGUGAGGAGACGGCAAAGACCACUCACUGCCGCAGCACCGUACACUACAGGAACCUGCAGAAGUACCUGUCCCAGCUGGCGGAGGACAGUCUGUCGGGCGUAUUUGCCGACCCCUCAGCUGCACAGUGACAUCAGCUUGACCUCACAUCUUGUGCCGCAAACAGCAAAGGAAGGAUUAAUGUAUGUGUGCUGUUGGUGUGCGACUUAUGACAACUGCAGCAUGGAUAAUGUGACACAUGAAAGCGAGAGUAUGUGGAGAAAUGCACUGCGUUUUGAUAUUUUGGGAGAAGGAUGUUUGGAUGUCUUGAAAGGCACUGACAGUCCGAGCCACAGACGCUCUCAAUGUUGUACAUACUCGAGGUGUAAUGUAUAGUUAAGCUACAAUAUUUAAUUGCUCGGUUUAUCAGUUUUCUUACAGUUUAUUUCAUUGGAUUGUGUGUGAUAAAAUGCAUUUGUUAUUUUUUUGCAAUGUAAAUGUAUUUGCAAUGAUUACUAAGAAGGCACAUUUUUACACUACGUCAGCCUAUUAUCUGAGUUUAAAUCAAUUUUAACCUUGGUGAUACAUUUACAUCUGCAAAAUGACUUGAAAUAUGUGCCAAGGAAUGUUUUUACUCAGUGAAAGAAAACUGAGACAAAUUCUCAGGUUUGUUGUAAUUGUUUUAAAGAUUUUACAUUGAAUUUUAAUUUAUUUGUGGGGCUUUCAAGGCUCUUGCUGUUUCAAGUGAAAAAUGUAAAAAUCAUGUGGAUUGAUAAUAAUGCCACUGCAAAAUAUAUUUAUUUUCUGAAGUUUUAUGUUCUGAAGUUGUUGGAUUGAAUUAAUAAGAUAAUCAUAAUUGCUGACAUAUGUAAUGCCUUAAAUACUGAAGAACUUAAACUGGACCAUGUGUUUAAUUUAUCAAAGUUAAACAUGCAAUGUUUCAUGUGACAGUGAUUUAUUCGGAGGGAUUAUCAAGCCACACUCUGUUUUUGUAAACUGUGAAUACCACUGAUCCUGUGACAUCAGUGGUAGUGUUGUUUUCUUGACAAACUUUUCAUAUGAUUUGCAAAAAAACGUGAAUAAACAUUUA